CAGAAAUGUGAGAGUAAAGCAGUGCUCAGCUUAUUGACUAAUUAAUGAGUGAUGAAUUUUGCAAAGUUUAGAUUUUUUGCAUGUGUUAUUGUGUUUUUAAUUUCCUGGAAUGUUCUGAAAAAUGCUAAAGCCAACCCUGAUGCUAAGCGCCUUUAUGACGAUCUCCUUAGUAAUUACAAUCGACUAAUAAGACCCGUAGAAAAUCAUACUCAAACUUUAACAGUUUGGCUCGGUUUAAAACUCUCUCAACUAAUUGAAAUGAAUCUAAAAAAUCAAGUUAUGACAACAAAUCUGUGGGUUGUACAGAGAUGGUUUGAUUAUAAACUGAAAUGGGACCCUGAAGAAUACGGCGGCGUGGAAAUGUUAUACGUGCCUUCCGAGCACAUUUGGUUACCUGACAUAGUGCUGUUUAAUAAUGCGGAUGGCAAUUACGAAGUCACAUUGAUGACUAAAGCCACUCUGUCUUAUACUGGAGAAGUAAUUUGGAAACCACCGUCUAUAUAUAAAUCUUCUUGUGAAAUAAACGUGCAAUAUUUUCCUUUCGACGAGCAAAGUUGCUUAAUGAAAUUUGGUUCGUGGACUUACAAUGGCCUUCAAGUUGACUUAAAACACAUGGAGCAGGUCUCUGGAAGUAACAUCGUAAAAGUUGGCAUCGACUUAUCCGAAUUUUAUCUGUCCGUGGAGUGGGAUAUUCUCGCGGUGCCCGCUCGACGAAACGAAGAAUAUUACCCGUGCUGCAGCGAACCUUAUUCCGAUAUUACCUUCAAGAUAACAAUGCGCCGAAAGACGUUAUUCUAUACAGUAAAUCUAAUCAUCCCUUGCGUCGGAAUUACAUUCCUUACCGUCCUCGUCUUCUACCUCCCUUCGGAUUCCGGUGAAAAAGUCACCCUUUGUGUGUCAAUUCUCCUGUCUCUGACAGUAUUUUUUCUCCUGUUGGCCGAAAUUAUACCUCCCACCUCUCUUGCCGUACCACUGCUCGGCAAAUACCUUCUUUUUACAAUGAUCUUGGUCACAUCUUCCAUAUGGGUCACGGUGUGCGUGCUCAACGUUCAUUUCAGAUCUCCCUCUACUCAUAAAAUGUCACCCGUCGUACGAAAAAUCUUCCUCCAGUUCAUGCCAAAGCUUUUGAUUAUGCGUAGAUCAACUUACACCCUACCUGAAUACGAUGAUACCCUUCCGCCCCGAGGGUACAGCAACGAAAUAGAAAUGCACUUGAAUAUGCGUGAGCCCUUUAACACCGACUUCAAAAUAACCACAAGAGAACCGAGCUUUAUUUUACACAAUACGGAUGAUGAUGGAAAGAUGAAGGCACAUUCUUCGAUGACUGCUUCGUCAAAUAUAACUCCGAGGACUCUGUCAGCUAAUGUCCUUUCGGCUCUGCAGGGUGUUAGGUUUAUUGCGCAACAUAUCAGAGAUGCCGAUAAAGAUAAUGAGAUUGUGGAAGACUGGAAGUUCGUCUCCAUGGUGUUAGACCGUUUCUUUUUGUGGGUGUUUACCUUAGCGUGUAUCGGUGGAACAUUCGGUAUCAUAUUACAAGCUCCCUCAUUAUAUGAUACUCGUGUGCCUGUUCAUCAACAACUCCACGAAAUUCCUCUGACUAAAAUAUUUCAAACACCACCUUCGCAUACCCACGUCCCAAUACAGUAAAAACAUAUCCGUAACCUCGAUCGUAAGUUCACAACAAUUCAACGAAGUAAUGCUCAACAAAAGCUGUUUACUACAAACAUUCCAAGUUUUAAAUUAGUAAGUAGGCUUUCACCGUAAUAAAAUGACUGAAAAAACAUGUCGCUAAAAUUAAGAAAUGACAACAGAGCAGGGAUUAAAUGAUUAAAUCAUCUUAAAUUACCAAAAUAAAUAAAACAGGGUAUCAUAUCUUAAACUCAUCAUUAUUAAUGUAAUACUAACGAUAAGAUAUCGUUAGGUCAAGCACAAAGAACACUAUCAGUAAAAAAGAAACAAUUGAGCAGAUCUCACCGUUGCAUUAAGCUUGUUGUAAUUUGUCAAUUCUCUUUCAAUUACUCUUUGGGACCAUAGCACUCUCUUCAAGACUACUGAUGUACCUUAUUCUUGAGAUUGUGAUCCUUUUACCCAAGUGUUGCUUGUUUAUGCACAAAUAGGCGUUAGACACACAUUGUAAAAAUUUUUAUAUUUAAAAAAUGUGUAUCUUUAUUAUAACAUCACACAUGAAUAGUUGUGCUUACAUCACCGUAAGAAUAUUUAUGCUCAGUACUAAUUAAUCUAACGUAAAUAAAUAAUUUAAUAUUCAUGUUAUACAUAUUAGUACUUAGUUAAUAUAAGCCUAUAAAAUAUUUACACACAAAUUAAUUUGUACAACUGAUUCCUCUAACACUACCCUUCACUGCUAUUGCUGUUGCACAAAUGUGAUUAAAUAGGCUGUUACGAUUAGGAUUUGUAGCGCGAAAUCGUUAUAUAUUAUUGUUUGUAUAAUUAUUGUUAUAAAUAUUUUUAAUCCUGAAUAAAAUUAUGAAAAUAUUGAAUGUGGUUCAUUUAACGUUUUUAUUAAUAUGCAUUGAUCACCCAUAUUGAUCCGCAUUGAAUUCAAGAAUCACACAUAGCAAAAGUCGUCAUUCUAAAGAAUUCAGUUGUCAUACUAUAUAUAUUGUUGCCAUAUUAUUAUCAUAAUGUUUAUAAUGAGAAUAAAAAUGACAAAAUCUAUUCACUUUGCAGCAGCUACAGUUUCUAAAUUUGCUAUUAGUUGGCGCUAGUAACUAUUGCAAUGAGCGCACAUGCACUACACACGUGUACGUAUAUAUAUCGGAUAUCUAUAAAAUGCCGGAUUAACUUCCCAGUAGGGUAUAAACGAGGAUUUCCGAUGUCCAAAACAAAUUUUGAACAGCUAUUUAUGUUACA